AGCACAGAAAAAAGAAGAUGGGAGAGAAAUUAUUACUGAAGUUUAAAGGUCUGACUGGUUUCACUGAAACCAUUGAGAUAUCAAAGAAUGCAACAAUACUGGAUGCUAAGAGGUUACUACACACUAAAAGAGCUGAUUUCCCGCCACACAGACAAAAGUUAUUCAUUGACUUCAGGGGAGGCUCAGGGACUCCUUUGAAAGAUGAGAAGACAUUGUCCAGUUAUCCUACUAUCAAAUCCGGCUCUACUAUUGUCAUUGUUAUUGAUCUUCCCUGGAAGCUUUACGUACAAGAUCCUCAUGGAAAAAUCUAUGACAUAGAAAUACCAUCAAGUGAACCACUGUCUUACAGUAUUACUGAUCUUAAGGCUCUUGCUGAACAGCACAUGAAGCAGUCAUUGGUGGAUUAUCAGUUUCAAUUUAAAGAGAAACCAGUUGAAGAGUGUCUUCACGGUAAACGAAGGACUCUUAAGGAUUGUGGAAUUAACAAGGAAGACACUGUCUUUAUCAUGAAGAUUGGAAUUGUUGUCAACAUAACAGCACCACAAAUUGAUAUAUGUUUUAUGAUGGAUUGUACUGGAUCGAUGAGAAGUUGGAUUGAAAGUGUUAAGGCUAAUGUAAAGAAUGUUAGGGAUGGGUUAGAGCAACACUAUAAAGGAUGUGACAUAAGAUUCUCAUUUGUCCGAUACACUGACUAUGAUCAACCUUCGUCAACCAGAACAACUUGGGUUGACUUUACACAGUCUCUUUCUCAGUUCCAUACUUUUGUGGAUCCUAUUAAAGCAAGUGGAGGAAAGGAUACACCAGAAGAUAUAAUGGGAGCUCUCAAAGUUACACUUUCUAAUCUUAGCUGGCGUCCAUCAGCUACUAAAGUUCUAAUGCAUAUUGCUGAUGCUCCUUGUCAUGGUACCCAGUAUCAUAGUGGAGAUGAUGAUUAUCCCAAUGGUGAUCCUGCUGGCAUUACUCAUGAAUCUAUGAUGGCUAAGGUUGUUCAUCAUGAUAUUCAAUAUUGGUUCGCUUACAUCAAUCGCAGUAAUACUGAUAAAAUGAUUGAUAUAUUCAAUGAAUCUCUUAAAAGUCAGAGCAGUCAACGUCUCAUUAUUCGUCAAGUUGAUGCUACAAAGCCAGAUGAGCUUACCAGUGCCGUUCAUAAAUCUGUCACUGCCAGUGUAUUUGCAAAUGAGGCACGAAAGAAAAUUGGUGGCACUUUAGAUCCAACAGAGCCAAACUGGGCUUCACUGCUGCCUCAGUAUGGUCAAAAGACACCACCUGUUGGACCAAAAUCACUUUAUAAUUUACAAGAAGGUUUCAAACCAGAGGGCCCUUCAGUCUCGCUCUCUGUUAAAAUAGCUGCCACACCUUUUGCUGAAGGGAGUGAGUCACUGGUCUAUAGAGGAUAUGAUACUAAAAACAGUCGACAAGUUGUACUCAAGAAACCAAAAGAAGACAGACCAAGUCUUGAUUCUCUAAUGAAGGUGCUGGAGACACAAACGAUCGCAGCUACGUAUGCAAGCGAGUUUAACACUCACAAGCAAAGACCAGCUCAUCUGGAAACACUGGAAUUCUUACCUUGUACUGUAGUCUAG